UGGCCAGCAAUCACCUCUGGGCCCCGUCUACACUUUAGACCCCUCCCUCGUAGAGCCGCCCUGAAGACAGGGGCCCCUUUGAAUGACAGCGCUUUGGAAGGAAGACGAAUUUUUGUCUGAUUUCUCGCAGCCGCAGCGUCGAUGAGAAGCAGUCGAGGAACUCCAUUCUAACUGAAUGGAUUGGUAUGGGGAGAAGCGGACCUCAAACCACGGCUAAGCGGCAGCUUUGGGACUGUGUAACGUUGACGAUGGUUUUACUUUCGCUGCUGUUUCGACCAGCACACUGCCAGCAGUGUAGAAUCCAGCGCUGUAAUGCAGAAUAUGUGGCAUCUACCUCACCGUCCAGUGGUCUGCAGGAGGACGUGGCUUUAGAUGUGGACUACUGCAUCGCCCUGCGGGCCUAUGCCAUGUGCACCCGCCGGCAGGCACGCAGCUGUAGGGGCGACCUGGUCUACCACUCGGCCGUCUUUCGCAUUAAGGAGCUAUUCUCUCAGCAUAACUGUUCCAGCGAUGGGCCGACCUCUUCCGACAAGGUCCCCAGCACGUCUCGGCCAGCUCUUUUAGAGCUCUGCAACUACGAGAAUCGGGUCCUCGUGUCGGGCUCAGCCGGUCAGCAGAAGAAAUACGCCCACUGUGGAUUAUUUGGAGACCCGCACCUACGGACUUUCAGAGAUGAGUUUCAGACCUGCAAGGUCGAGGGGGCUUGGCCUCUGAUCGAUAACCGCUUCCUGUCUGUACAGGUGACCAAUGUGCCUGUUGUCCUAGGCUCCAGCGCCACAGCAACUAGUAAGAUCACAGUGAUCUUCAAGUCUUACCAUGGCUGUACAGAUCAGAAGGUCUACCAGGCCACCACUGAAGACCUACCCCUGGCUUUUCAGGAUGGGACUCGCAGUGGCGGUGAAAGUGGCAGCCUGACCAUCGCAGAGCGAGGUGGCUCCGGAGUCGGUCGGCAGGUGAGGAUACAGGCCCGUUACAUUGGCACCUCCAUCAUCAUCCGGCGCGUGGGUAGCUACCUGACCUUUGCCAUCCGCAUGCCAGAAGACACCCUGGACUUUUCAGAAGACGGCGGCGGUCUACAGUUGUGCUUGCACGGCUGCCCACGCAACGAGCUCAUCAAAGAGCACACCCUGGGCCAUCAGAGCCAGCAGCCACACCUUCAAGGCACCAACACAGAGCUGGGCCCUCUGCGGCCUCCUCACCAGAUCUACACAGUGGAGCGAGCCACUGCCAAGUGUAGAGAGACUCUGCAGGUGGAGGAUGUGUACUUUCAGUCUUGUGUCUUUGACUUGCUCACCACCGGAGACCCCGAGUUCUCCAUGGCUGCAUAUGGUGCUCUGGAGGAUUUGAAGGCACUGCCACCCAGUAAACUGAAGCAGAACUCACCGAGGCCCACUCGCCUUCACAACCGAGGAGUGUCUCAGACUAUCGCUGCUACUGCAACCAGCAGCUCAUUGCUCUCACUCCUCAUUCUGCUGCUUUUGUAAAAAAAAAAAAACACAUAAAUGAAUAUGAAUGACAUGGACGUAGAUGGAUCAUGGAAGCAUUACAAGCUUGAGGAAUUUGUGGAUUUUGUGAACUUUCUGUUGUCAUUUGAAGGAUUUCGCACUCAGAAAAGAUUGCAUUUCUUCCCCCUUUUUCCCUUCUGUGGACACAUCAUUUGAAUGCGAACAUGAAUGCAUAAAUGUCACACAAUUUGGGGUCUAGUACACGUUUUUAUCACAUGAGCAGUUCGUCUACAUUCAGUUUAAAAAGAAAAGUUAAGCUCACAGUUGUUCGUAAAGGUUUUUGUAAAUAUUUCAUUCACAUUCAGUAAGGAAGUGCACAACCUCUAAAUGCUCCACCACAUGGUUUCUAGAUCCUCAGUGGUCCAGUAUCCGUAGCACCUAACAGUUUAACUGCAAAUAUUGUGUAUUUAAUAUCUUUCUAUUUCAUCUGUUGUUUUAAAAAUUGGUGUUCUAAAUACACAGAAUCCAACAACUGUUUGUAAAAACUACCUAUCUCUUAAAACCUGAUUCGUUGGUGUGAUUUUUCACCAGUUCUGUUCUUUUCCUGUGAAGCGCUCCCUCUUCAAGCUGUUUGGCUUCCUGUUUUUAAAGGUUUAAAACAAAUCUUUAUAUAAUAAUAUAUUAAAAGAGUGUAUAUAUGUGUUUUAUAUUAUGUAAAUUUGCCUGUGUAUAGAUGUUUUAACUGCAAUAUGUUUUCCAUUUGUUGUGCUUAGUAGGUUAUUUUGAGUCUUUGUAAUUAAAGUAAACUAAUAAGUGUUUGUAUCUGUAAUAUUCUUUAUUAAAGUGUUGGACACUCCAGACUAA